AUGACACGGGAUGACCUCUUUGAGACCAACGCCUCCAUCGUGGCCACCCUGGCUGAUGCCUGUGCCCACAACUGCCCUGACGCAAUGUUGUGCAUAAUCACCAACCCAGUUAACUCCACUGUUCCAAUUGUUUCGGACAUCCUAAAGAAGCAUGGAGUUUACAACCCUAAGCGGGUGUUUGGUGUGACAACUUUGGACAUCGUCAGGGCUAACACCUUCGUGGCAGAACUCACAGGACUGGAUCCAGCACGUGUCAGUGUUCCCGUAGUUGGUGGCCAUGUGGGCAAGACUAUCAUUCCUCUGUUAUCUCAGUGCACUCCCAAAGUGGAGUUCACUGAGGAUACGUUUGCUGCCUUGACGCACCGUAUCCAAGAGGCAGGCACUGAGGUCGUGAAGGCUAAGGCUGGGGCAGGCUCUGCCACCCUCUCCAUGGCGUAUGCAGGGGCUAGGUUCGCCUUGUCCCUGCUGGAUGCCAUGAAUGGCAAAGAGGGGGUCAAGGAAUGUGCAUUCGUCAGGUCAGAGGAAGGCAAAUGCACAUAUUUCUCCACCCCUCUCCUCCUCGGCACCAACGGAGUGAAGAGGAACCUGGGCCUUGGAAAGCUCUCCGCAUUCGAGGAAAAACUUGUGGCGGAAGCAUCAAAAGAACUAAAGGCCUCCAUCAGGAAGGGGGAGGACUUUGUGAGAGAAAGGGCAGCUCAAGGAGAAGCACAGUAAAAACUGCAAUGGCUAAUGAUAUUGGAUGAACUGACAGGACCCACAGAGUAAUUGAAAGGUAGUGUAUUUUAUUGUUGUUGCUUUGAAAUGUUCACAGUAAAAUUAUUAUAAAAGUCCAUUAUUAUUUCCGAGCUAUGACCCUCCACGAAAUACUCUUGGAUAAGUUUAUCCAUCAUGGAUGAGCAUAUGAAAACACUAUAUUAGACACAAGAAAAUCCACUGCAUUUAUACACUUUGGUGUCAUGUUUUACACAAUGACUGAUUAAUGAACAAUGUAAGAAACUGAAAUUGGUUAA